UUCCGAAAGCAACUCUGUUGUCGCUUCUGCGUGCAACUUUGCAAGCAUUAAAGGCCCUUGAUAUGUUUUUUUUUCUAGAUACGUUAUUUUUCCGUUCACAAACAUGGAUACUGAAUUGAAUAGUUAAUAUAAUAAAAGAUGAGAACAGUCACAACACCGAAUAGCGUAUACUUUUACGUUUGAUUUGUUUUAGAAUUUGGAUUGGAAUAAGAGUUGAUAGCAUAGCUAAGGCCUAAGCUUCAUUGUUACUCUAAUUAUAAAGUUGGACUGUGGGAAUUGAGAAAAGUAUCGACCCUUCGGUAACGUGCCUGUUCAACUAACACAGUUCACUUGUAAGUCAACUCAUGGCUAUGGCUAGAAUAUUAAGCCAUCUUCCAUGUUACUUCAAGUGGAGAGCCACUGUGGAGCCAGUGGUCAUGCUGUACAUGCUGCCUACAUUCAUGCUGCUGCCUCUACUGCAAGAUCUUAUUUACAAUAAGGUGUGUCUGUCAAUGUACAAACCCCUAGUCUGCAAAAACUUGAAUGAAACCGCAAAUUUAGAAGCAAUGAAUGAAGUGCAAGCCCACUCAGCACACUGGAUCCAAGCCUCCACUAUUGUGAUGUGCCUUCCAUCCAUGAUUGUAGGGCAAAUACUUGGCACAUAUAGUGAUGAAAGGGGAAGAAAAAUUCCCCUUAUCUUUCCUCCUCUUGGUGGGGUGCUAGCAAGUCUUGUGUAUGUACUGCUGAGUGGUAAUGUUGUUGACUUGGAUGUAUCAUGGAUUCUUUUGGCAUCUUUCUUGACUGGUCUUGGUGGAGCCUUUCCUGGCUGCCUCAACACAUGUGCCAGCUACCUCUCUGAGGUGAGUACACAAGUGGUGCGCACAUCGCGCAUCGGGCUGAUGGAAGUCAUGAGUCUGAUUGGGGCAUGCCUGGGGCCACUGUUGGUAGGAUUGCUGCAGAACUACUACAACAAGGACAAAAUCUUCACUGUCAUCCUAGCCCUGCACGCUGUCAACGUCAUCUACAUCUUGCUCUUAGUGCCCAACGUUUAUGCUAGCCGCCAUGUGUCCCGGCUGUGUCCAGGGGAGCGGACCAGCAGCGAGAACAGCUCGGGGAGAGGCAGCAUCCUUGCCUUCACAUGGCAGCGCGUCAAGCUCAUGUUCGGCGUGAUCUGCAAGACGCGACAUGAGAACAGGAAGACUUACCUACUCCUACUUCUCUUGGCCGCCGCGAUCUUGAUGUUCUGCACUACUGGAACGUUGGACGUGCUAUACUUGUUCGUCAAGGACCGCCCCCUUGACUGGUCACUUGAGCAAUACUCACGCUACUUCGCACUCAACUAUGGCCUCGCUCUCGCCAGCCUCCUUCUGGUGAUGCUGCCACUUAGUCGCUGCACGAGCGAUGCUGUGAUCCUCUUUGUCGGCUCCAUGAGCCGCCUUGCAUUUCUGCUCCUACUUGGGUUUGCGAACACCUCCCUGCUUGUGUACAUUACAAGUGUUGUGGGGUGCGCCUCCAGCUGGUGCCUGCCAGCGUUACGUUCUUCAAUGUCUAAGUUGGUUGAACCCGAGGAGCUUGGCCGCGUGUUCGGUCUGCUGGGUAUCGUAGAGAACGCGUGCACGCUGCUCGCGUCGUCGGUGUUCUCGAGCCUGUACCCGCUGACCCGCGACGCGUACCACGGAGCUGUGUUCUUCGGCGCCGCGACCCUCAUGGUCCUUCCCACCGCCGUCGCCAUAACAUUAUACCGGCCUCUGAGGCGUCUAGCCCGAUACUCGGCUAUGGAAGCUGAAGAGAACGCAACCUGUCCCGACGACGACACGGGCGGCACUGACGACUCCCAGCACAGAGCGCCAUCAUCUGAGCUCUCCCUUGGCGCCCCUCUUGCCAGCGAUACUCAUGUGGCGACGCCACAAGACGGCACUGGUUCCAUCUCGUCCAAUUCCAGCAGAUCCUCCGCUAGUACUCCCAUCACACCCAUCACGCCUUCUUCCAUCAUUUCUGGAGUGGCAGUCUCACAUUUUCCUGAGAUUGUCGACACCAACUUUUCCACUAACCCUGAAUUGAAUUCUGCCGUCAUACGAUCAUCUAAUGAAGGUUCACGCGACAGAAGUUCAGGGAGAUGAACCCCCGUUCCUAUAAUGUCGUAGUUUUAUCUUUAAUGUAAAUGAUAAUAACUGAAUCUCGUAACAGUGGAAUAUGUCGUAAUUAUUGCAUAUUGAUCUCUCAUGCAAAACGUUAGCCCAUUGAUAGAUGCUAUAUAUGUUUCGGACGGUCAUUACCACUACACUUUUGUUUUAUAAUUUUGUAUAGUUGUGUUUUUUGUUAUGAUAUUCAAGUUAUGAUGACAUCGUUCGAAUUCUGUGUAUUGAAAUUGCAAUCUUAUGUGCAGUAUUAUUUUUUCAAAAAAUCUAUUUCCGAUUUUUUAUGUUUGAAGAGUUCUUAAGAACAUACGGUAUUCGAGCUUUAAAGCAACAAAACUUCCUUGCCAGUGUCUCAAGAAUUAAUUAUAUUUUUCAGAUUAAGAUUGUUGUAUUAUGGCUUAACUAUUCUCUUUAAGAAUAUUAUACUCAUCAAAAUAUCUGUAAGUUGAAAUUUGUUAAGUAUUGUUUAUGUUUUUGAAGAUGAAGAGGUUUUUUGUUCUCAUGAUAUGACUUUGUGCGGUCAUAUAUAGGUACACCUACAUGGUCUGGCCUCUCGUGUGCCAUACAAUGCUAUUUUAUUCCAGUCAUCCAAAUUGACGCAAUAUCUCAAUAAUCAUGUGAACAUUUUGUUGUGCCAUUCAACUAGAGAAAUACUUUGUACAAAUCUUAAAAUGUUGUCGAAAACCCUCAGGAGUUACGUUACUUCUCUGCAUACCGGUAUGUCUUCUGUUAUGGUGCCUCCUCUCAUAAUUAUAUUUAUUGAAUCGAGUUGCACGAAAAUUUAUAUUUUAUUGAAACACAAUCUUAGAAAUGUAACUAUUAAAUUAGCGCAAUUCACGCUUGUUCUGCAUCUGGGUGCAUAUAUUUGUAUUUUGUAAGGUAAUGAUAACAAACUACGUCCAAUAUCCCCUUAGAGAGAGUCUCCUAAUUAGCUUGUUUCGUCUUCGUUGGUGUCGGUGUUCACCUGUUCCUUCUUCGUUAGUGUUGCUGUUCACCUGUUCUUUCUUUGUUGGUGUUGCUGUUCACCUGUUCUUUCUUUGUUGGUGUUGCUGUUCACCUGUUCUUUCUUUGUUGGUGUCGCUGUUCACCUGUUCUUUCUUGGUUGGUGUUGCUGUUCACCUGUUCUUUCUUCGUUGGUGUUGCUGUUCACCUGUUCUUUCUUCGUUGGUGUCGCUGUUCACCUGUUCUUUCUUUGUUGGUGUUGCUGUUCACCUGUUCUUUCUUCGUUGGUGUCGCUAUUCAAAUGUUCCUACUUCGUUUUUGGUCUCGAAAGAUAUUGAAGCCUGCAGUUCUUUCACGCACGCUUCAUCGCGUGCUGUUCAUCUUAAACGUUCCUCUCGUUGUGUGUGAUUAGUAAUUUUGGAUCUGAGUAACUUAUGAUGGCCGAGAGCUUUUGUUGGUGAUGGCUAUUUUGCGGAUGCCGGUGCUCAUGGCAACAUAGAAGUAGCAUCACAAAACUACUACACUAUUAUGUAACGUAAUUAUCUGGUAUUUUUCCACAAUCUAUUAAUCUACGCUCUUCGUGAUACGUCUUUGGACGUACUUCUUCCUAUGAAUCUUGCAAAAACUGUUUGUUCUUAGCACCUGUUGGGCAUUUUUUAAUUCAUCGUGUUCGGAAGCAGUCACGAACUCACGUUGUUAACGAGCAUGUCAGGUUCAGUGUUAUGUAAUUUAUAAUAUCGAAGAAUGAUACAGAAGUAAAUUGUUUCAACACAAA